AUGCAAACUGUUUUGCUUAAGCAGGGGAGUUCAUCACAGCUCCAGUCUUGGACUGUGCAGCCAUCCUUUGAAGUGAUUCCAGCUCAGCCACAGCUAGUGUUUCUUCGUCCAUCAAUUCCACCUCCCAUUAACCCUCACCCUGUUGGAAAGAAGAGAAAUGACUCCACUAACUACCUGCCCAUCCUGAAUUCUUAUCCCAAAAUAGCACCUCAGCCCUGCAAAAGAGAUCACUCCUUUGAUCUAGAAGAACAUCAAGAAACCAAUUGCCAUAAACGACUCUGCACAGAAGCACCCAAGAUGGAGACUUCUCCUGCACUGAGGAGCACAGGACUGUCUACUAGUCCUUUUGCUCCCUUACCAGUUAGCUUUAAGGCCCCUCAGGAUUCUGACCAGCAAAGUUCUUCAGCUCUGGCAACAAGUGGAAAACUGUCAGCUCUUCCUGGUUUUCAUCGUGUUUCCAGCGACGCUCGGAAGGUGCCGGGUUUGACUCCUCUUUUGCCUUUUGGAACUCUGCAGGCUGCAAAGUGCACCUCCCAUGAAAGCGAGAGUGCAGCACAGACUAUGAUGCAGUCUGCAGUGUGGAGCCCCCCGUUGAUUCCAGAAGAGAUUUGCACUACCCCUGAGCUGCUCUUGCAGCAACAAAGCAAGUGCAGGCGCUUUCAGAAUACACUUGUUGUGCUGCGCAGGUCAGGAUUGCUGGAGAUCACUUUAAAAACCAAGGAGCUCAUUCACCAGAACCAGGUGACUCAGGCUGAGCUGGACCGGCUGAAGCACCAAACACAGCUUUUCAUAGAGGCAAUAAAGAACAAUGCUCCUCAGUCAUGGGCAGAGCUAGAAGCAUCUCUAACAGGAUCUGAUAAAGCUGAUACCAAUCUUGAGGACUCCACUUACCCCAACAUGUAG